AUGGAUGUAAUCAGCGAAAUUAAUGAAAAGUAUUCUGCAUUGGAGGCAGAAAUCGAUAAGAGGUUGGAGAAAAUCAAAGCCGAUGAAAAGAAGUUGGAAAAGUUGCAGGAGCAAAACGGCAACCAAACUGCAGCGCAGACAACUAAAUCAUUGGAAAUAGCCAAAGCGCGUUUACGUUCGCGUUCCACUUUCUCGCCAGUUGAGCAAAUAUUGGAAAAGGCAAUCGCAAACUAUAAAAGGGACUUGGAAACGUCACAGCAACUAUCUUCACGCUUCAAACAAGUGCAAAUUUAUGAAGCGUCACCAGCUGCAGGCCCUGAUCGAGAAAAUGGAGACCAAGAAUAG